GUGACAACAUUACUUAGUAUAUGUUCUUCGUGACAACUAAUUAAAUGAACAGCACCAUUAAUUUCCAAAGUUUACAAAUUCUUGGAAGCUAUAUUUACAACCCAAGUAAGGAACCCAUUACAUGUUUAGUUUGAAGAGGAAGGUGAAAUCAUCAUGAGCAACAAUUAUUUCAUGCCUUUGCCUGGGUCUCGCAGAACAAGUAGUGAUACAAGAGCAUUUAAUGUUUACACUUUUGAUAAUACUGAUUCCAAUGACGUGCCUGUGUAUUACAGAUCUCGCUCUAACCAUAACACUGGUAACAGGAAUUCAGGUGUGAUAGAUCCAAGGAGGGUGUGGGAAAGCAGAAGUCCAUCAUCAGGACGCCACACUGCUCCAAAUUUUGAAGCACAACCAAAUAACAGGCAACAAUUUCAUUUUAAUAAUGGCGAGAUAGGAAGGGGCUCAAACCCUAGGUUCAGAGAUAUUUUUCGGCAAUCACCGCCACGAACCGCAACAACCAGAGAGAUUCCCCCACAAGUAGAAAAUUCUGAGUCAAUGGCUCUUAGCAAGCUCAAGAAAGAAGUCUACAACCCCGUGCCAAAGCGGCUAGCCCGGAGGCUCAGCCUAUACUACAGAGGCGACAACAACAACGGGUCAAAUGGUGUUCGAGAAAGGGAGAAAGACAAGGAUGAAGAAGGUAAGAGUUGUGCUGUUUGCUUGGAAGAUUUUGAGGCAAAAGAAGAAGUUAUGGUGACACCAUGUAACCACAUGUUCCAUGAGGAAUGCAUAGUGCCUUGGGUAACAAGCAAAGGACAGUGCCCAGUUUGUAGGUUUGUGAUAAUUGAGAGAGUUAGAGGGAACCUUUACCCUUCUUCAUUCAAUAGCAGUAACAUUGCAAAUAUGGAACCAAGUGAACUAAUUGCUGGUGAGCUUUUGUCAAUUUUGAGCGCCAUGGAAGAAGCUUUUCAGUUGGGGAAUGGAAUGUACUAGUAGGAACCAUAGAUAUACAUACACAAGAAUUUGUUAUUCUUGUGUUGGCAAGAAGCUUUGUCUUUACUUCGCAAACAUAUUCUAUAUAAGAUUUGAUGGGAUAUGUACUGCUGAAUUGUGACUUUGCGAGUUUGGUAAUUCAAGUCCAUGGUGCAUCCAAGCACAUAAUCAUCCCA